CACAGCCCCAGUGUUUGCCUCCUUGAUGGUGCCAGCUUGGCACAUGUACAUGAGUGUGGUCUGCAGGCUGGGCACUAACCCUCAACCCAGCACUGAUAACAAAAGGUCAGCUUUCAGAGGGAUCAACGGCCCCGUGAGCCUCAAGGCUAGCAAAGGGAGGCAUGGAGGGUAGGUAAGAUUCAGACUGGCCUGAAUUGCUUAGGAAACUGAACCCACAGACUGUCUUUGGAGAGCUGCUGAGCUCGUGGGGUGGGCUCAUUGGGUUUAGUUCCUCACCCUUCAUGUGUGUGUCAGCACGAUCUAAAGUUACCAAAAAUGGGUUCUUGAAGUUCCAGUUACAUUUUGCUGAAUUUUGUUGGCAUUUCCUUGGAAAGGAACAAGAAAAGCAUGUGAAAAUAUGAUUUAUUUUUUUUUAAUCUGUAUUUUUGUCCAAUGCUCAUUUCAGUGAAGAGCUGGAUGCACGCUUCAGUAUCAUUUUCAGUGUAGGUUUAAUGCCAAUGAGAGGUGUCGGAGGACUAAUGUGAAGACCUCUGAUUAAUCAUGGAACAGGUUUUUCAAGGCAAGUGAGAGGCAAGGAGGAGGAGGUGAAUGAAUGAUUGAAGUAACAGGUAUGUUCGAGCCAAUAUUACUUCUGUGACCCACUGAGGAGCACCAAAACCCAUUAUAUUUUUUAUUGUGUUCACAUGUUCCCCUGUCGUGUAUGCAUCCUCCUCAUGUUCCUCUGGCUCCCAGGAUGCAGCCCCUAGGGUUGGGAACCUCCCUGCAUCAGCCUCUGCAAGCCCUGAUGCUAGUCCUUUAUAAUGUGCUCAGCAUGGAAAUUACACUCUUCCAAGCUGCAAGCUGUGAAUGGUGCUCCAUGAAGCAAAUGUCAGUGAAGCAGAAACUGGAUAAAGUCCUAAAACUCUUCCAGUUUCUAAAGGGGACUGGACUAAUUGGCUCAAGACUAGGCGUUGGUACAGGAAUAUAAAAGCUUUGUCCCUGUUGAUUUGGCCAGACUGGAGAAAAUAUCGCAGUAGUUCCAUCCACAGGGUGAUGGGGUCCUGUAGGGCUCUUUGCAAGCUGCUUCAGUGCCCCGCUAGCAAAGCAGCUAGAAAAGGUCUCCCCUUUUCAUUGAAGCCCACAGCCUUGUAGGGGUUGAAGAUCUGCUUGCAUGUCUUGAUUUGGGUCUGUUUUAUGGGACUGGAAAGUGCAAAUCACAGCUAUGGAGAUGAGCAUUUUAAACGACAUGGCACAGCUAGGCUUUCUGCACAAAAGAGCACAGAAGAUACUCGCCAGACAUUUCUUUCCUUACACUAAAAUGCUGCCAAUAACGAAUCUGCAGUACUGGCAAGGGAGGAGCCAGUUUCCAGGGUAAGUGCGUGACAACAGAUCGAUGGCAAUGUUUGGCCUGAGCUGGCAGCUCUUUAGCAACAUUUUUGAGAAGUGCAACGUGGUUUUGCCUACGAGUCUUGAAAAAAAGGGCUGCACUUUGCUCCAGAUUUCCACAACUGUAAACUAAACGUCACCAUCAAUCUCUGAUCGCUGACACUGCCUGACCCAGUAAAACUGCUUGAAGAUGAGAGGAGCUGAUGCAUCAACAAGCAUACACUAAACGACGUUGCCCUUUCCCAGAUUUUUUCUGACGUGUGCAGCAUGACGGAGCUCCACGAAGCCGUGGCUGUGGGUGACUACGACCUGGUGAAAGAGAUUUUGAGGAAGGGGCGCUGCGACCCAAAUCACAAGGAUGUGGACUGGAACGACAGGACCCCGCUGCACUGGGCUGCUGCGAAGGGGCAAUCGGAGAUGAUUAAGCUCCUCAUGGCUCAUGGUGCCCGCCCCUGUCUGAGGAGCGACGCGGGCUGGACCCCGGCUCACUUUGCGGCCGAGUCGGGCAGACUGGGUGUGCUUCGCACCCUUCACUCCCUGCACGCGACCAUGGAUGCAGAAGACCUCUUCGGCGACACUCCCAGGAGGCUCGCAGAAAUCUACGGACACAAGGAGUGUGUCAAGUUCUUAGAAAUAGCAGAGGUGGAGAGCAGAAACUACCGCAGGACGGCUGCAAUGAAAGGAAUUCCUGUGGACCAGAGAGAUGAAGACUGGGAACUCAAGAAAGAAGAGUUUGAGAGAAACUCAUCAUGUGCUCGCCAGACCUACACAACCUCUGUUCAAAAGAAGAAUCGAAAGAAAAUGGGGAAGCGGUAGUGUGCCCUGCCUGUUUGGUACCACUGAGAACUUGCAGUGCAGAGCAAAAACACUGGCAGACCUAAGAUGCAGGGUGAAAUAUGGAAGAACAACAGAAGCAGCUGGCCACAACAAUGCAUCUUUAUAAUGUACUGUAAAUUUUGUUGGUCUUAGGGAGUAGGUAGGAGACUUUCUGUCCAUCUGUGUGUAUAUAUGCACAGCCACAGCAGAAAUGAUUUGGAAAACAAAAUGGGUAUGAAUAAGUUUAGCUAAGUAGUUUCGGUCAGCAAACACAGAAGAAUUUUUAGGUACACAGUGCUCUUAUACUGUUGUCCCCCUUUCACAGCUAGUCCAUAGACCAGAUCUAAAUUAUUUUAUUGACAGUAAUUUAACUCAAAGAAUUAGUUAAAUGAAAUGAUAACAAUAAUUUAUAUAACUCACAAUGAUUUAAUUCAAAGAAUUUUAAUGAAAUGUUCGUAAUUUAGAUAGAGAAGAUAGCACAUCAACAUCACCUGUACUGGCUAGAGAAUUGCAUUAAAGAUUGAAUGACUUGGUUUCGAGAAGAAAAAGUUAGAAUUUUUCCUGGAAAAAUUCAGAAUUUUUCCCGGGCUCCAUCCCUUAUUAUACUUCCUAGCACAUGCAAAGCUUGCGCUUCACACAGGGCAGAAUCCUCAGCACUAUCUUUUCCAGUUUGGGGCUGCUGAAAAUCAGGAUAAGGGAAUGAACAGAGGGAAAAGCAUACUGGAGUACUAAAAGGAGAAACGUCAUAGGAUUUUUCUCCCGACUGGGAUAAAUCAUUGUCAAGAUCAAACAUGUGAAGUUGAUGCCGUAGAUGAUGAAGAAGGACAGCAGAGAUUUCAUGGCUUUGAUGUGGGCAUCCAUGCUGAGGUCCUUUGCUGAGCUUGUCUGCAUCUUGCACUUGUGUCUCCAGAGAGAAAAGAGGAGGAGAAGGGCAGAGAAGAUGACUAUCAUGAAUGCUAUGGAAAAGCCAAAGCCGCAAAUGUAAAAAAUAGAGGAGUAUUGUUUGUUUAUUUUCUCAUUCAGUUUUCUGGAGUAUUCUAGGGAGGUGAAAUUGAGGUUGCAACAGCUCACUUGAUUGGUAAUGUCAAAAACAGGGCUACACAUGACCAGGGACAAAACCACUGAACCCAAGAGCAGCCAUGGCACAAUCCUGUCAAUUUUUACUUUCAGGUAGAUGAAGAAGAUAUAUCUGAAAUUUGCGAUUUUUAUACAAUAAAAAACAUACAGGCAUGUCGAAAACCACAAGUUGGAAGAAUUUGAAAUACAGAGAAGAGGUGCAAAUAUUCGGGGUACCCUGCGGAUAUAAAAUUGCCAGUGAAAAAGCGUUGAAGUAAUGGUAUAUGCCCAUGUCACACACAAAAACCAAAACCUGGAACAUCCCAGAAACAGCAAGAUCUUCUCACUGGAGUUAAAGCUUUUCUUUUUAACCCAGGUAAGGCAAGACACAGCCACAAUGAAAGCAUUGAUCCACAUGCCAGCAAAAGCCUGAAGUGUGAUGACGACCAUAACAGUGAUAUCGUAUGAAGUAGCAUUAAAUUGCUGCUGCGAGUGGGAAGCUUCCAUCCUGCACGACGGGUGGUGGACACGCAGGCUGCUGUGCCGAUGCUCAGCAUAGGAUGGCAGAUGCUGUUCCCUGAGCAUCACGUCUGGGAAGAGGAGUUUUAUAGAGCUGGUGGUGGGGGGCCGAUCUCGGUGCUGCUCCUCUUCAGAGCAGCGCAGGUGCAGGAAUGUAAAUGUGGCAGAUAUUGCCUUACCUGGCAUCAGUACCAGUCUUCAAUAUUUGAAUUUUGGCCCAGAGGAGCUGUGUUUGGUGACACAAACAGCAAAUAUGCUGCUUUGACAUUUUACUCUCAGAGGGCACUGAAAACCAUCUUCAUUUUCCCCGUGGUAGAGCUUUAAUCAUAAGUGAACAGGCGCGUGGUAGGGGGAAGGCAGUUCAGGAUAAGGAGGAAUUUCUUUUAAAGGCUUAAACUAAAGCGUAUGAAGGAAAGGGGCAAACAUAAGCAUGAGUCCCUUUGCCAGGGUCCAAAACCCAUAUGCCAAGUAGAGUCUCUGGGAGUGAUGUGGUGAUGUGAGGAGUUUAGGGGAUGGGACCAUGCUGUGCUCCCUUCACCCUGAACUUCUCUCAAGCUUCCAGAUAGCUUUAGGUCCUGAAAACCUGUUUUGUUUGUUUUGUUUUCCUUUCCUUUAUUUUCUUUUCUAACAAGCAAGUUGUGUAAAGCUCUGUAGAGCACAGACUUCCUAAAGACUUUGGGUUUGUAAAGAGCCUUUCCCAUUGAGACCACAGUAACCAACCAGAUCAUGGCUGAUGCUGUGAUGGAAGUAGAAAAUAAAUUAAUUCUCAUCAAAUAGCUCUAUAGCCACAAGGAAUAAACCACCAGCAUCUGGUCUUUUCAGAAUGAAGCCCCUGUCUUCUGGGGGAUAUAAAUGCAAGUACCGCUCACCGAGUAUUGCUAUCACAUGCUUCUAUUUGCAUUUUUUUUUUCCACUAAGACCUAGCUACAGUAUUAACCUGUUGAAAUGUUUUUGCAUGAGUAAAUCCAUAUCCUGUCCUGCUUCACCCUGGCCUGUGUGGCUUGUGUCCACAGGGAAAGCACUGGGUGGGAUCCCCACACAAAGCACUGGGAGCAGUUUGCUUCAUAGGCACGUCAGUGGGACCAAGCCAGGACCCCUCGUGGCACCUCUGACGUGAGGGACAAAGCCUUGAGGUCUCCUGAGGAAACCCAAACUAGGAUGCUUUGUUUGAACUCUAUGGCCAAUGUUCUGUUGAUUACAAAGUUAACACAUUUUUUUUUUUAAUUUAAAGAUGAUGUUUUACCCCUAAAAUCACAUGUAUAAAUCUAAGUGUUAUCUAAGUGUUUGCAUCACGAUGUUAUUAGGAAGCAUGAAUGAGAGGUUCUGUCCAUGUGUGUGUCUAUAUGUAUCAGACCUCAAAUACCAGAAAACUACAGAAGGUGUAUGAUAGACUAAUACUGUAAUUCACUGAAAUAGAGCUAUAGUCAUAGAAAUGGCAGCAUCUACCCAUAUUGCCUGGGAGGGAAAUCUUUUUGUUCCUAUUUGACUGAGGGAAGCACCUGAGACUGUGGUUCUGCUCACUAUAGUGAUGUCCAUGGCCUUUGCUUGUUUGCUUCUGGUCCUGAGUCAGGCUGAGGUUCUUUUAGGGGCUCGUAGGCUCUGGUGGUGCCUCUCUCUUUUCUUUGGCAAUGGGACAUAGUUGGUUCUUCUGUUUUCAUGGAACUCUGAUGUUGACCUUUUAGUGGACAUGAGCUUAACAGCCUAUAUCUGCCAUCCUUAGUCCAGCAGGAGGGAAUACGUGCUCCCUCGCUUUUGGUUUCAGCCAUUUGUGACUGCCAAGACAGUUAGAGCACUGCCUUAUUUUUAGCAGUGCCCCCAGCCAUUUUUAUAUCUGUGUUCACAGGAAUCCAUGGAACCACUCCUGAGCUAUCCCUCUUUCAUCUUUUACUCUAAUCAAAAAGUGGUAAAAGCAUUUUUAAAUUGUUUCACUUCUCGAUUGGGAAAAAAAUAUUUGGAAUUUGAUCCAAGGCAGUUUUUCAUGCUAGCACUGGGCAGCCAUUCCUACUGACCUCUGACACCUGUGUGUCUGCUUUCCCUCCCUUUUUGAGACUUUCAGAGAUGGAAGAAGGUAUCUUCAGUGUGGUUUGCUGGAGCUGCAUUUCUCUUUGUGUGAAAGACGUUAUUUUUGCCUGCUGAGCCUUGUGGUAUGCAAGCUUUUGAGGGGUGACGUGACAUGGGUUGUAGGCUACUCUGUGGCCUUUUUGUGAAAGCGAUUGGGACUUCAUGUUAAAGGAUCAACUUUGUGAGCAACAUGAGGGAAAGAAGGGAGGCAUGGCGGUGCCUGUCCUUGAAAGGCCUUUAGGCGGGGAGAUGUGUCCAGAUGACAUUUAAGGCCCACCUGUCUUGGGGGAUGUGGGUGGUGCAGUGUGUCCUGUUGUGGAAGUGGACUCAGUGGGGUUUGGCAUCUGAUCUGAGAAGUGCAAUUGCAGCUAAAGGCAAACAGCUAAAGGCCAUGUGCUCCGACUGGCUAAUUUUGAUCAGAUGCCUCAGGCCCUCUCUUUCUUUGUAGCAGAACAAGAUCAAUGUAAUUUUUCGCUUUACUAGUGCAGGAGAAGCCAGAAAAGAGUGAAAGCUAAUGGUUGGUAAAACAAAAUAAAACAAACAAACAAA